AUGCUGUUACUACGCGAAUUUAUGUCAUGGACAGAUUUCACAAUCUUCGAAUUAUGGGUUUAUUUCUCAACACUUCUCAUCACAACAAUUCUACUCGUCCUCAAAUUGUACAAAAUCUUCCAAAUCUCAUGUCUCGCCGUUUUCAUGCCGCUUUUCUGCGGUUUCAUUCUCAAUUUAUACUUUUUGUUUAUUGUAUUUGUGCGAUGUUGGUUGGAAUACAAGGCUUUUAAGGGACCAUUUUCAAAGUGAGCGUUUUGGUUUUGAAAAAAAAAUAAAAAUCAGUGCAAGUUCGUCAGUUGCGUGCGGCUGCGCGUUGCGGUUUCCAGACCGCGACGCACAGCCGCACGCGACUCCAGAGGGAAAAUCAAGUACAAAGCUCCUAAACUCGCCCAAAACAUAGUUAUGACGUGGCAAAAUCGCCUUCGAAUUCUGAUUUCACAGCGUUUUUUAGCAAAGCAAAACGCUGUGAAUUCAAAAAUAUUGAUUUUUGCCACGUCAUAACCAAAUUGUGGGCGAGUUAGGGAUUUUUGCUCUUAAUUUUCUCUUGGGGUGUUUAGUUCGUCGUUCGCGUGCGGCCGUGCGUUGCGGUCGGGAAAAAAUCAAUAUUUUUCCCGACCGCGACGCACAGCCGCACGCGACUGACCAACUAAUGUUUUUUUCACUCAUUCAACACAUUUUUCAACUUCGACAUUGAGAAAAUAUCGAUUUUUAGCUGGAAACCGAUGGUUUUUGGUGUAAAAAUCAUUAUUUUCUCAUUGGAGCGCAUUUGCACCUCCAAAUUCGAUAAUUUUUCGAAUUCGGAGAAGUAAAUACGCUCCAAUGAGAAAAUAUCGAUUUUUGGCUGGAAAACGAUGGUUUUUGGUGUGAAAAUCAAUAUUUUCUCAUUGGAGCGCGCAUUUGCACCUUCAAAUUUGAAUUCGGAGAAGUAAAUGCGCUCUAUGGAGUAAAUGAUUGAUUUUUGGCUGGAAAGCUGAAAUAAAAUGUCAAAAAACUAUAUUUUUUUCCACAAAUAAAUGAAAAAUAUCUCAAAAAAUAGGAAAAAAAGAUAGUUUUUUGACAUUUUUCCACACAAAAAUGAAUUCAAAUUCAAAAAAUCGCCAAAAUUUCAGAUUCAUCGUAAAUGGCAUGCGACUCUGCCUAUUGCUCAGCUUCACCUCAAUGAUUUAUCGAAAAGUCGAAGGUUCAAUCGAGACCAAUAUGCCAGAAUUUAAUACCGAUUAUGUUUUUGUAUUUUUGCCAGUUUGGGUAACAAUGUGCACAUUAUCGGUGCAAGUUUGUCGAUCGACAAGUCAUUAA